AUGGAAGAUAAUGUCAAGCAGCACUAUCUGGCUGACUCGCCUCCCUCAGUGGUCAGACUGGAAAUCAAGUCUCACUUUGAUGCCCUUCAUGAUGAAUCCCUCAGAAAAUAUGCUCACUAUAUGAGCCGAGCGGCAUUCGAAGGUACUCGAGUUACAUUGCGCCAGGUUUCCCCAGAGUCCGAACCUAUCUACGAUCUCAUUCUCUCCCUCCACCAUGCGUGCGAUGGUGACUGGAACAACUUGGCCCAGAAGACCCAAGUUAGCGAUGAACAUCUCCGUUUCUUCCUUGAAUAUGCGGCUCAGUUCUUGGGUAACUGCGGUAAUUACAAGGGAUUUGGGGACUCCAAGUUCAUUCCCCGUCUGCCACUCUCUGCUCUGGAGGCGCUGGCAUCCAUCACACCUGAAACCAAGGCGGCCUUCCAAAAAGCGAACACCACUGGAGGGGGCAUCUACGAGACUAGUGAGCAGUCGAUGAUGCAUCUUGGUUACCCCACGAGUGGGCACAUGACCACAUAUUAUCCUGACUCCCCCACCAUCACCAAGGAGGAGAUUACCACUAUUGGUAAUUUGAUGGAGAAGAAGGGCCUGGCUUUGGAGAAUACUAGAAUUCGGAAGACGGCAUCGGGUAAUUUCGAGCUUCUUAUUGCAUCUGGGAUUUCCAACCCCCCAGUGAGAGAUCGCGACCUCGGAGAACUGAACACCUUUGAGCUGGAUGGGAGCUUGAAGGGCAAAAUAGUGCACCUUGUGUUUGGGGAUCAUCUGGAGGAGAUGGCCAAGAUUUCCCACUCGAUCAAACAGGCAGAGCGCAACGCGGCGAACGAUAACCAGAGGCAGAUGCUGGAGUCAUAUGCCCGCACAUUCGGUACGGGAUCUAUUGAGGCUUUCAAGGAGAGCCAGCGUAUCUGGGUGAAAGAUCAGAAGCCUGUUUUGGAGACAAACCUGGGCUUCGUGGAGACCUACCGUGACCCUCAUGGAGUGCGUGGAGAAUGGGAAGGCUUGAUCGCAUUGGUCAACAUGGAACGAACUCGGGCAUUCGGUGCGCUGGUAGACAGUGCCGAGAGCAUGAUCCCCAAAUUACCGUGGGGUACGGACUUUGAGAAGGACAAGUUUCUCAGCCCGGAUUUCACUUCACUCGAGGUUCUGAGCUUCGCUGGUUCGGGAAUCCCGGCCGGUAUCAAUCUGCCCAACUACGAUGAUAUCCGUCAAACCCUGGGCUUUAAGAACGUGUCUCUGGGCAAUGUUCUUAGUGCCAAGGCCCCUAAUGAGCCCAUUCCAUUCGUUGCCGAGGUGGACCAGGAGGUUUACCGCCGCUGCCGUGAUCCUGCUUUUGAGGUUCAAGUCGGUAUUCAUGAACUGCUCGGUCACGGAACUGGCAAGCUUUUGCAAGAAACGGCCCCUGGUGAAUACAACUUUGAUGUGUCUAACCCUCCAAUCAGCCCUGUGACAAACAAGCCUGUGACGAGCUGGUACAAGCCCGGUCAAACCUGGAGCUCAGUGUUCGGGGCCAUUGCUGGAUCAUAUGAAGAAUGCCGUGCUGAGUGUGUGGCCAUGGUGCUGGGAUGUGACUUUGAAAUCCUGAAGAUAUUUGGCUUUGGCAAUGGCGUCGAAGAUAUGAGCAAUGAAGCUGGUGACGUUCUCUUCGCCGCAUACCUUCAAAUGGCUCGCGCCGGUCUGGUUGCACUGGAGUUCUGGGACCCCAAGACUAAAAAAUGGGGCCAGGCUCAUAUGCAAGCCCGGUACAGUAUCCUCCGCACUUUCCUCGCCGCGGGCGAUGACUUUGUCAAGCUGUCGUACACCAAGGGUGAUCUGUCGGACCUGGAGAUCCGUCUAGAUCGGUCCAAGAUCUUGACUCACGGACGCCCUGCCGUGGAGAAGUACUUGCAGAAACUUCACAUUUACAAGAGCACUGCGGAUGUUGAAGCAGGCAAAGCCUUGUAUGAUGACAUCACAUCUGUGGAUAGCUGGUGGGGAACACAGGUACGUGAGGUUGUCAUGAAGAACAAGGUUCCUCGAAAGGUCUUCGUGCAAGCGAACACUAUCCUGGAGGGAGACAAGGUUACACUGAAGGACACCGUGUCGGAAGAAACACCCUCAGGGCAUUCAUCAAUCACGGCGCCAAUACAUCCCCCGAACGACUCCCUCGAGGUGGACGACUAUUACAGCGCACCCCCGCCGCACUCCCCUUCUGAAGCGUCUGCUAGUUCCUCCGUCAGCCCGCCGCCCUUUUCCUCACUUGACUUCGCUUUCGACGCCAAUCAGCCCAAGGUCACCGAGUCUGGUCCUGCAUCCCUCCAAGCCUUUGCGCCGCCGCCCGUUGAAGAGCCUCUCGAUUCGGCUCCUUCGUCAUCAGUUGUCGCAGACACCAAAGCAAGCUUCUCAGAACCCAAGGGUGACGGGCCGGGGAAAAAUUCCGACGACGGUGAACCGCCGCCGCCAUACACCGAAGGCUACAGCCCACUUGAGUCAUUUACCUACGUGAUGGCUGCAGCUGGAGGUGCCUCGAGCAUCAUUACCCAGGUUCAACAGACGGGUGGACCACCGAUCAAUACACUGGGAGAUAUUGGCGGCGAUGAGCAUAUCGUUCUCGACCUCCGGGGUACCCGGUUUACACUAUCCCGAGAUGAAUUGUUGACCUUGCCGGAAUUCGUUCUUCUCUCUCUUUUUCCCAACGGUCUUCUCCCCGAUGGACAUAUGGGCGGUUUCCAUGAAGGCGACAUUUAUCCAGUUGACUAUGAUCCUGCAUCACUUCAGUACAUGCUUGAUUUCUUCCGCUCUGUUGCUCAAUCCAUUCCUUCCUCGCUGCCUUCGGGAUCGACAUCUCCAGAGUUGGAAGUGCCGGAUGUAAUGCAAAAUUCCGCGCGUGACAUGCUCCAGGAUCGAGCCGGUAUCAUCGUCCUCCGUGAAGAUCUUGACUUUUACGUGAUUCCGCCAAAGCCAGAUAUUGGGCACGAGGAGAUGCUCGAAGUCAAGCGGGCCGCUGGCCGAGCCCUGUUGAAGCAGGACGGCAUUUUCUCUGGACUGCGCAAGAGCGAGGAGUUAGGAUCUACUGAGCAGCACUUGAUCGAAAUGUUGACUGCCGGUGGAUUUGAUCGCGAAGAUCAGUGGGGUCACCGAGCUCCGGAACCAAACAAGGCCGUCAUCUGCAGCCUUGCUUUGGCCAAGCUUCGCACUGAUAUCCGGGGCGACCUUUCAAACAACAAUGCCGUCGGAAUGGCCCAGAAGCUUCUGCUCUUCUGGAGAAAGCCCGCUCGUCGGUGCUGGUGGGAGGGUGUCGAUCUGGAUAACGUUGAAGGCGUUGAUGGGCAAGUCAAAGUGUGGAUUCGACGGGUCUGGACUCUUGAAAUGAGUGUCAUUGGACUCCGUUGAUUAUCCUCAGUUUGUUCUCUCUGCAUCUGUACCUAUACCCAGAUCACCCUAGCUUCCCAUGUUGAUCUUUGUUAUCUCUGUUGCUGCAUUACUGUUAUCUUGAGUCUCUGUUCUUUAUUUUCCAUUCAUCCUCUCCAAUGGCUUAACCCUGUGCCCUUUGGUCGGUUUCUUUUCUUUUCGACAGCAGGGCUGGCGUACUUGCGCAAUUUGGCGUCUUUUUGCAACCUCUCCUGGUAUAUUCUCUAUAUUCAUUGGACAUGCCCCAGGACACGGCCCGUUUCUAGGGUGACAUUGGACAUACAAUACAAUUGGUCUU